GCCUGGCUCUGAUUCAGCACCAGUCUUUUUCGGACUAUCCUGAUCUCUACAUCUCUACCGUGCACGUCUCGGAACAACUCUUAACUCCAACAUCAUGACUUUUGAGGAAGUUGCCAUCCAGAAGCCCUGCGAGAGAGCUCAGGGCACCGGUAAUGCAAUAGAGGAGCUUUUGGUGUCUGCCAAAACGAACGAGUGCCUCACCAUCGGCGUGUAUGAAUCUGCUAAAGUGAUGAAUGUUGAUCCGGACAGCGUGUCCUUCUGCGUUCUGGCUAUGGAUGAAGAGUUCGAGUGCGACAUCGCACUCCAAAUCCACUUCACUCUCAUCCAGGCUUUCUGCUUCGAUAACGACAUCAGCAUCGUGAGAGUGGACGACGUGCAGCGUCUGGGUGAAAUUGUCGGCGCUAAAGAUCAAACUGAGGACUGUCACUGCCUCCUUAUCACGAGUCCAGCUGACGGUUCGUGGGAAGAUCCAGCUCUGGAGAAGCUGCACAUGUUCUGUGAAGAAAGCCGCCGCUCCAACGACUGGCUUCCAGAGAUCAGUCUGCCAGCUCGCUGAUCUGCUGAUGGGACUCUUCUCACACGAGAGGCUGUUAACCCUUAAUGGAAAUACAUGCAUCCUUUGAAUAAAGGAUGAUGAUGAUGUAUCUUCACAUCCCUGGAUGCUUCUGAGGAGGCUUUAAUGCAGUCCAGGCAGCGCGGGGCAUGCAGGCCCGAAGUGGCCUUUAGCCUCACGGUUCCGUCGCUUCUCGUCCCGUCCAUGCCAAGAUGGUCCUCCUUCUUUAUGUGAACGAGGCCGGGCAUGCCACGAGAGUGACCCAGCGGCCCUCAUUCUUUGUGCGGAUGAGGUUUGGAGAGGAAGGAGAACGCGAGUUUGUGUUUCACAGCGCAAACUUCGCAUCAAGACACGAGAGGACGCGGUGGUGCGUCGUAGCGACGUUUUUUCAAAAAAAUGGACUUAACAUCAGGGACAUUUAUAAAAAAAAACGUAAUUGCCGCACAGUAUAACGUACCUUACUGUCGGCAAUGUGCUUCUUUCCACUUUCCAGAAUUGUCUUAUUCUCUAAAGGUUUAACUUUAGAAAUAUUUAUGACAAGUAAUGAAUUCUAAAGGUUUCACUUUAGAAAUGUCAUCAUAAAAAAAGUCAAUAAUUUAAAUUCUAACUAAUGUGAUUGUGAUUUUUUACUGAAUGGAACAAAAAUAAA